UAGAAAAACUUGGUUAGAAUGUUCGAAACUUUGGAAGUUGAGAUUUAAUCGCUAGAUGGCACUGCACUGCGCCAUUCAUAUCGAGUUCAUUCAUUCAUAAAAAAAUGGCUGCAGAUAAUAAUACCGUGUCGUUCAAGACAGCGCCAGGAUUUUGUCCCGAUUGUGGAUCGAUUCUUCCUCUGCUAGGUGACAAGGGCAACGUAUCUUGUUAUUCUUGCAAACGAAGUUGGGGACAUGAAGUUUUUGGUGAUAUGGCUAUGACUUAUACUAUACCUUUUAAAUCAAGGAGUUUUUACUCUCGUGCAAAAGAGACCGAUGACAAUGAUCAGGGUGACGAUGGUCCAAUAGUCGAACGUGGAUGUCCACAGUGUCAAAAUGAAAAAAUGUCAUAUAUAACAUUGCAAUUAAGAUCAGCCGAUGAAGGACAAACUGUGUUUUACACAUGUACCAAGUGCAAAUUCAAAGAAACAGAAAAUUCGUGAUUUGGAUAUGUUUUGGGUCUUUGUUUCUUCAAAGU